AAGAAGUCCGCCAAACCCGCCAAGAAGUCCGGUCCUGGCGCCGCCGAGCUGAUCCUGAAGGCUGUGGCUGCGUCCCAGGAAAAGAAAGGCAUUUCCUACGCGGCCCUGAAGAAGACACUCGGCUCUCAGGGCUUCGAUGUGGAGCACAAGUCCGCUCUGAUUAAACGCGCGGUCAAGAAACUGGUCGCCAAAGGAGACCUGGUUCAGGUGAAGGGAAACGGAGCUUCAGGUUCUUUCAAGUCCAAGAGUUCUGCUGCCGUGAAGCCAAAGAAGGCCGUGCAGAAG